UGGUUGGCUGGCAGCGAUCGGGUUCUUCCAGACUAGCAUCGGGGCAGCCAUAGUCAUGCUGCUUCCGGCCAUCAUGUUCUCUGUGUCGGCCGCCAUGAUGGCCAUCGUGAUCAUGAAGGUGCACAGGAUCUACCGAGGGGCUGGCGGAAGCUUCCAGAAGGCGCAGACAGAGUGGAAUUCAGGCGCAUGGCGGAACCCCCCGUCGCGGGAGGCGCAGUUCAGCAACUUCUCAGGGAACAGCCUGCCCGAGUACCCCACCGUGCCCAGCUACCCAGCGGGCGGCAGCCAGUGGCCCUAGGGGAGCCCAGCCCUGCCGCCCCCACGGCC